AUGUACGUCAUCAGCAGUGCCUGUUACAUGUUGCCACGUCCAGGCUUGAACAAUGUCGCGCAGGCUCUGGUCCCCCGUGGCGUGUUCGACGAUGUUUUCUUCAUGAACCAGCUCCUCGAUGGCUUCAGGAAGAUGCAGGGUUCGUUUUUCCCAUCUGCUAGGAUGAUCCAAGACGCCUACGUAAAGGGGGGUCUCUCUCCACCUAGCCAAUCAACCGUCCGCCGCCAUAAGGCUGCCGUUAAUUGUCUGACGACGGAAGGAUUCCAGGCGCUGCAGCGGAUCCAAGAGAGAUCUCACGAAGACCCCUCCAUCCACAUGGCGUCCCUUACGUGGACCACUCUCAGCCACAGCGCGUUUGGUGAAGCCGGUCAGACCAGUGGUGCGAUUCAAGCUCUUAUGCUCGAACACAUGGUUCCGCUCCUCAUCCGACAACUCGAAGGCGCUAACGGGCGAUGAUCUACCUGACGUCGCCAAACUCGCUCACGAUGCACAUGACUUCAUGGAACGGACUGAGGCGGCAUUCGGCGCUCGUAGCGAGUGGUCCCCCGAGCUCGCAGUGCUGGUAGAAAAGUACGCCUACGUCCAGUCAGGCGCUCUCGAGACAAUUGUCCGCCCAUGGAUGAAAAAGCGGGAUGACGAGGCGAACGAACUCAGCAGCAAAUUGCCCGGCGACCGACGUUUGUCCGGCGACCACUUCCACGUCAUCUCCGCCGCGAACGCCCUCGGCCGCAUCCACAAGGCUGCCACUCAGAGCAAGACAGAACCGUCGACAAACCACUACGAGAAAUUCCAGAAGCGGUUUCAGGGAGUCAUGCUCGCCAACAUUUCCGAGCUCGUCGCCGACAAUUCAUCCACUCAAGGCUCGACGGAGGGCGACAAUGGAGUUGAGGCGACGGGGACUGGCGUCAGAAGCGGCGCGGGGGGC